AUGUCAACAUUGAACCAUCUUUUUGGGGUUCCAGAGCAAAUAUGUUACAUUCAAUGUGGAUUCUGUGCCACCAUUUUAAUGGUGAGCGUCCCAUGCAGCAGUUUGUCUAUGGUGGUGACAGUCAGAUGUGGACAUUGCACAAGCCUCCUCUCUGUUAAUAUGAUGAAAGCCUCUUUUGUCCCCUUGCACCUUUUAGCCUCCUUUACUCAUCUUCAGCCAAAAGAGGGGAGUCCAGAAGAAGAAGCAAACAAGACUUUGGACAGCCAUAACCAUAAUGGAGGAUCCAUGAUGACCUGUUCUGAUUGUGAAGAAGAGGACGCAAUUCCCAUGAGCAUUGUGGCACAUAAACCCCCAGAGAAGAGACAGAGAACACCUUCAGCUUAUAACCGCUUCAUCAAAGAAGAGAUCAGAAGGCUAAAGGCUGAAAACCCAGAUAUGGCUCACAAAGAAGCUUUUAGCACAGCUGCAAAAAAUUGGGCUUGCAAAGGAGAUGAAGAAAGUUGCAGCCAGACAGAGCACCUUGUCGAUCUUGACUCCCAUUUGGACCCUCAUGAAGAUGCUGAGGCUAAAGAAGAAGAAGAAGAAGGCCAAGGUUUCCGUGAAAGAAAGGUUCCAAGGAAUUCCAUCUGGGCAAGGACACCCUUUGAGUGA